GAAGAGGAGGAGCCAGGGGCACCGAGCGGGUGGAGUCGGGAGCCGCCGAGCGGCGGUGGCGGAUUUCCUGGGCCCGGCUUUCCAAGGGCUCACCAUGGCGUUUGGGAAGAGUCACCGGGAUCCUUAUGCCACCUCCGUGGGCCACCUCAUAGAAAAGGCUACAUUUGCUGGUGUCCAGACUGAAGAUUGGGGUCAGUUCAUGCACAUCUGUGACAUCAUUAACACCACCCAGGAAGGGCCAAAAGAUGCAGUAAAAGCUUUGAAGAAAAGGAUAUCCAAAAACUACAAUCAUAAAGAAAUCCAACUUACCUUGUCACUUAUAGACAUGUGCAUGCAGAACUGUGGUCCAAGUUUCCAAUCUCUGAUUGUGAAGAAAGAAUUCAUUAAAGAUAGUCUAGUUAAGCUGCUGAAUCCCAGAUACAACUUGCCAUUAGACAUUCAGAAUCGAAUCUUGAAUUUCAUUAAGACGUGGUCACAGGGUUUCCCAGGAGGUGUGGAUGUAACUGAAGUGAAAGAAGUGUACCUUGAUCUGCUUAAGAAAGGUGUUCAGUUUCCUCCCUCAGAUGCAGAGGCUCAAAGUGCCCGACAGGAGACUGCUCCAGUUUCAUCACAUCCGUCAGCAUCUGUUCCCACUGCACCAGCUCUUUCUCCUGUAAUUGCUCCCAGGAACACGACUAUUACGUUAGUCCCAGAGCAGAUUGGAAAAUUGCACAGUGAAUUGGAUAUGGUGAAAAUGAAUGUGAGAGUGAUGUUCGACAUAUUGUUAGAGAAUACUCCUGGAUCUGAAAAUCAAGAAGACGUAGAACUUCUGCAGAAACUUUAUAAGACAAGUCGGGAGAUGCACAAGAGAAUCAUGGAUCUACUUGUGGUGGUGGAAAAUGAAGAUGUAACUAUUGAGCUAAUUCAAGUGAAUGAGGAUUUGAAUAAUGCCAUCCUUGGAUAUGAGAGGUUUACUCGAAAUCAGCAAAGGAUUUUAGAGCAAAUUAGAAACCAGGAGGAAGCCACCAAUACUACCAGCGAGCCUUCCGCUCCAUCUUGUGAUCUCCUGGACCUCAGUCCCAGUCCUCCGAUACCUGGGGCCCCUCUGGGAGAACUCAACACCGUGAACACUCAGCUUUCAGACUUAAGUCUCAACUUUGUAAAUCCUGCUGUAACAAACAACUUGAAACCCAGUCUUCAUCCAGAAGUGAAUUUGUCAGCCUUUGAAAAUACAGAAAUGCCCAUGUUUGCCCAAAGGAUCAGCCAAAACCUCGCCUCAAGUCAUACAUAUGAUAACUUUCCAGAACAUUCAAACUCAGUAUUGCUACAGCCAGUUAGUCUACCGACCAUUGCAGCAACACCCUCAAACCAGAAGCUACCAUCCUUGCCCAGCAAUCAUCCAGUGAUGACAAAGAAAGAUAUCCAGACACCCAAUUACUAUGAGGUGAUGGAGUUUGAUCCCUUAGCUCCAGCCGUCACUACAGAAGCUAUUUAUGAAGAAAUUGAUGUUCAACACCAAAAAGAAACACAAAGCCAUGGUAGUUGUUGAGGUGAAAAUGGAUAAUCAGUUCACUAGCCAAAAAGAGAGGUGCCAACUCUGUAAAGGAUGGGCCCUGUUCAGCUUUGAGGCCUAGAAGAUAAGACCCACCGUAACAUCAGAGCCACAGUGGAUCAUCUCUACUCUGCUGUAAUGAAAUUUAAACCGAAGAGCAACAUUUAUUGUUCCUGACAACAGCUCGGCAGUGGAACUUGGUUGUGAACAAAUAGUCACGUAAUACUUCAGAGGAAGAAAUAUUAGUACUUAGGCCAACCAGCUUAACAGCAGUGUCCUAUGUUGUACAGGCCUUAGACUUACAAAGGAAAUAAUCACAUGGCUGUAUUAAGAGUAGAUGAAGAUUAUUUUUACUACAAAAUAAUUCUGAAUUGAUUUAAGCAGGAAGUGUGAGAAACUAAAUGUAUUAUUCAGGAAGAAUGCUAAGUGCCUUCAUUUAACUAAAGUUGAAUGUAAAAGUCAAUUUGCACUUCUUUAUAAAUACUGCUCUGGUUUAGAAUUGUAACAGCCUUGAUGAUUGCAGUUUAAUUACAUUUUAGGUGUCCUGAACAUGUCACUAGACUCCACAUUGGUGGCCUCUAAGUAUGAGUCUUCAUAAAGCUAAAUGUUCUUUUUUCUUUUUACUCUAACAUUUCUAUUUGAAAUAAAGACUACUAUAAAAUAUUCAUAGAAAUUGUUUAUGUAAAUGACAAUGACAAAUAAAUUACUAUUAAAAUAA